CACUCUCAUCUCUCUAUCUCUCAGGAAUUGGAACAUGAACUCCUAGAAUGGCUCAGACUUCCGAGCAGACAGAAGGGACGAAUGAUUCUGAGCUUAUAUGGAAAGAAGGAUCGGGGAUCAGAGGCAACUGAGAAGAUCGACUGCUGCUGUAUUUGGUGCCAUAGUCUCGGUGGAAAGAGUCGGCUUGGACCAUAGUCCUCCAAGUUGGGCCAGGACGACAAGAGUGAGCGGGAGGUGCGAAGCUUGUUUUUAAGCAAAAGACAGAAACAGACAGACAACUAAUGAAAGUGCAGAUAUUAUUAUAUGAUGACUUCCCUCAGUUUGCAGGGAACUCUGAUGGCAGGUUCGAGUGUCCUGAAAGUCGGUCUCCGUCGGCAUUGACUUGCGAGAGGCGAGCUCCGUGCGUCGGACGUUUGCCUCGCAGCCGGACAAUCCAGUCCAGUCCACUCUCUUCAUGGGUCGUCGAUCCGGCUGGACAUGCGCACCUCCUUACGUCUUUCCAAUCACGAAGGCAGCCCACGGGUCGUAUUAGUCUUUCCCCUUAUCUAUGAGCUGAUUCUCGCCUUUUGAGUUCCUCGAGUAGAUUUUCACCCUUUUUCUGUCUUCUCCCCAAAUUCUCACUUCCCACGACGACUUUGAACGCUUGCCCGAGGCUGAUUGUCAAUCGAGGUCAAGUUGGGCAGCGACACCAUCAUUCAACUCUAUUUUAUGUCUUGCCCGUGCCAUCCCAGUUUUCUCGAGAUAUACUUCCUCUGAAUGUCAGGCAAAUGUGAGCUCAUGUUCUGUGAAGCAUUUGAGGUGCAUGUCCGAGUGUCCGAAGAUCAUCCUUGCACCCUCUUGUUGUAGGACCAGGAAGAGUAUUGUGUUCCAGAGCGGGGGCACACGCACCCUUCACAUGUCUUGUCGUGUUCCGGCCUAGAUUGCUGCCGCCUCCUACGCUUCAUCUGGAAAGUCCGCAGACGAGAAUGUCGCUGCUCACUUGCAGGUGAGAGAAUUUGCUGCACGCGAGAAACGAACGGGAAUUGAUACGCGAUUGGAGGGCAAGUGCCGAGCUGCAGCCUGGAUUCCGACUAGCUAACCAGCUUUCCGAGCCACAAAGGGGUCUGCAGUCAAGUUGGAGGUGCUUGGACUAAUAAUCACCACUCGAGUGAGUCCCUGGGGUGGCCAAUUGGGCCGGAAGAAUAAUCGGCGCGGAGACACUCCUUGCCAACAACAAGUUUCGGAUUCGUUCGUUUCUUUCGGAUGCAUCCAGCUUCGCUUCAGAUGGACUGAGCGCCCUGAGAAGAGAGCUUGCUCUAUGUGAGUCGAGAAUUUGACCAUUGCGUGGAAUUUUGAAUUGUGUUUCAGCACUGCUCGUUCCUUGAACUUGAUCGAUGGACGCGGAGGCUUGCGUCUCGUGACAGAUGGUGAGCCCCAUGGAGCCGCUCUUGAAAUCCAUUCCUUUAGGUUAGAACCGAAAUCCCGAUCCCCCAAUACAGCAGAACCACCCAUUCACAGAGUGGCCUGCGAAUCACAGCGUAGGGAUCGAAGUCAGCCCAAACCUUGCGACGAAAGUCAAUUCCGUCAUAGAGAGCAGCUGCGGAGCCACAUCUGCUCGCUCGCAGCUUUUACAGGAUCGGUGGAGGGGAGGGCUGCGCACAGGAAGUCAGUCCACUCUCCCCACUCUACACUGGACUCCGUCAAGCGUUCAAAGUGCCGAGGCUGGAAGAGUUCCAAAUUUCGAGGAGAGGGAGAAUUGGAAGGCCAAGCAGGGGAGCGAAGGGCGGCGAAGCCAUGGGUCAUUUGACAAGAUUGUCUCGGAGGCCGGUGUUCCAGUUCAUGCUGGUAGUUACCUUCUCCUGGAGCGUUCUGGCGAGGUGUGAUGAAACUCGGCCCUGUACUGAAGAAUUUCGCUCUCUGCCAGGAAUCCCACUUCAGUCUUUGAGCUCGGCUCGUCAAGAUUGUGGCCCCGUAGAUGCUCUCCGUGCCACACAACAACGAACAGGGAAUUCUGGAUUUGAUGGACGAACGGUGACGGCUCGAAGGCUAGGCGAGGGCUUGGGAUUUGCAGGGCGGGAAGGAAUUCGAUUGACUAUGGCGCACAGAAGCGUCCAUCCUUCAGAACCAUUCGUACAUCCGAGAGAAGCAUUGCAGCGGUUACUGGCAAGAGAUCAAGUGAGAGUGCGAAGGUUUUCCAGGGAGGCGGAGUCUUCUUCCUCACGUCCCGCCAAUGAAUUAGUCAGAGCUCCUGAAAGAGACACGUUUCCGGACAUCACGCACCCGGGAGGAAAGAAGAGGCCCAAUACUACGACUGCUACCAAACCCACCUCCACCACCGAAGAGAACGUUUACAAUUUUCAAUCCACUGUGGGAUCAGGAGUUCAUCUAGGCUCUGGAGAAUAUUUCAUGGAUUUUUAUGUAGGCACGUCGGCAAAAGCGAUUUCUGUGAUUAUCGACACGGGUAGCGAUCUGACAUGGGUGCAGUGCGAUCCUUGCAACCUCUGCUAUCACCAGCAAGGACCCUUCUUCAGCCCCAAUGGAUCAUCUAGUUACCAGGGCCUGCAUUGCAAUUCCAAUAGUUGUGUCUCUGCAGGUGGGUUUGGAGAAGAUGCUGAGGGUGGUUGUAAUGCAGAUAAGCCAGGCGUGUGCAAGUACUUCUACUACUAUGGAGAUUCGUCCAACACCACCGGAGAUUAUGCCCUUGAAACUGUCACUUUCAAUGUGAGCGGAGGUGCUCCUCUCCAGAUUGAGCAAAUUCUUUUUGGAUGUGGUCAUAGCAAUAUAGGACUUUUCCAGGGAUCUGGUGGAUUGCUAGGUCUAGGACAAGGGGCUAUUUCGUUUGUUUCCCAGAUAGGCGAUCUAUUCAAAAACAGGUUUUCAUACUGUCUGGUGGAUCGAGAUAAUCCCUUGAAAGUCAAGUCUCCGUUGGUCUUUGGCGAAGAUACGGUUUACGCUAAGCUGGAGGAUCAGAUGCAGUGGACACCGUUUCUCAAGAACACUCCCACGGAUACAUUUUACUAUAUAAAUAUAACUGGGGUCAGCGUUGGAGGGGAGUCUCUGCCCAUACCAGAUAGUGUUUGGGCUAUCGAUGCCCAAGGUUACGGAGGCUCUAUAAUCGACUCUGGGACUACUCUCACCUAUUUCAAGCAGGAGGCUUACGAUCUGAUUAGCAAGAAGUUUCAAGAAUUGAUCACCUAUCCGUCGGUAAGCUCAGUGCCCGUGCUGGAAAUUUGUUAUAACGUUUCUGGAGUGGAAAAUCCUGACUUUCCUGCUUUCAGUGUACGCUUUGAGGGCGAUGCCGUUAUGGAACUUCCAUUUCAAAAUUAUUUUAUCAGAGCAGAUCCAGAGGAUGAGGUCUACUGCUUAGCUCUUCUAUCAGUGGGUCCGAAGAAUAUCAACAUUGUGGGGAAUUUCCAACAGCAAAACUUCCAUGUCGUUUAUGACAGGGGUAAUUCCCGACUUGGCUUUGCACCUGUAGAUUGUAGUAGUGCUCUGUAAAUUACUUAUACAACUUAUUUCUAGGCAAUUUCUAGUUUGAUACAGCCCCCCUGUGCCAUAUUCGCAACAACACAUUUGUUCUGAGUGAAUUCAAAGUUUGAUAGGCGGAAGCCCUUGGUAAGGGUCAUGGCUUAGUUUUAAAUUUCCCUUAGUUUGAGGAGUGCCCUUCAAAUUACCACUCUUACGAUCAUAAAAAAUAGACAUUCUUUUUGUGCACUAAGGUGCAGUCUAGUCAUAAAUGAGGAGAGAUGAGGAGUAACUUUCAGCUUAGUUUAGUUCUGUCAUGUAAGCUUCAGGUCAUCAGAAGGCAAUAGUAGUUCCUUAUCAAGAUGUAUGUGUUCGAUUCUUCUUACAUACGCGAGCUUGGCUCAGCCAAACCAUUGUAAAGUACCUUCUUCUAAGCCAGCCAUUAUACGUCUCUGUUGAUAACUCUCGGGAAUCCCCACUCCUUGUUACGACCUGCGCCCAAGCAUUUUAGUUCUUGGGUAUCCAGUUUUGAUAACCGUGUCUCAAAGAGGCAGUCAGGUUUGCAGUGUUGAACAAAGGCUUCGUCUACUACAAUUCUCAGCUUCAAAGCGUCAAAUUCCACUGUGUAAUUGAUUCCAACUGGGUUCUGAAACUGUUUAACUGCUGAAACUAAAAGACUGCACAGAUGGGUAGCAAACGAUCAGGUUUCGAGCAUAUUCUUAAGCUUCGUAUAUGUGGAAUCAGCAACAACAUAUACUCAUGGACAGUCGUGAGGGUCUGAAGAGUUCGUUUAGGUUAGAGUUCUAUAAUUCCUGACAUAUCAAAUAAGCUCUCCGGUAUAUUGUGCUCCUAGAGUAUAGAAAGUCUGAAAACAAAUAGCUAUAUCUGGUUCUCUUUCCGGUUGAAUAUACUUAGGUGAGAGUUGGAUCAGAGAUGCCUGGAUCACCGUUCAGUCCUGAUCGAUGUCGGAACUGCUCCAUGAGCUUUUCUAUCCAAUUGCUGCCUCUGGC